AUGAAAGCGAGUGGCAAAAUGUUAAUACACUAUACGAUCUUCUUUUGGGUGUGUUUGUUGUUGUUUUUUGACCAGUUUGUGUUCAGAGCAGUGGGGAUUUUUUAAAUGUCUACAUUAUUUCUAAUAAACUGUUGAAGACUCCAUGGCUGUCAACUGGCUGGCUGGCUGUAACUUCAUGUAUUCUUACUAUUUGUUGGAAUGGAAUACUUAAUUUCUAGUUGGAAUAAAAGUGGGGGAUUAUUUCAUCUGUUUGAAGGAGGAAAAUUCUAAUAUUCCCAAGCAAGUCUUUUUUUUUUUUUUAAAGGAUCUGUAAGUUGUGGGUACACUGACAGUUUAAAGGGGAAAAAAUGUUGUGAUUUGACUAAAAUAAAAGCAAGUUUUGACUUCCUUUUUUAAAAAAAGGUAGGUUCUUCCAGCAACUUGCAGUAUAGGACAGAAGGAAUAAAAAUACCAUGGACGCCAAAGUACCAGAGGACCGUCAUUGGUUCCAGUAGGGGUAAUAUAUAUUUAUAUUAUUUCUUUCUUGGAAAUUACUGCAUGAAUGGAGAGUUUGGCAUUCUAGCUAGUAGAUUUUUGUCAAUGUUUAAAGCAGGGCACCAUCCCUGCUUUGUGGGGGGGGUCACAUUUGGAAAUCUAAGAAACUAUCAUGGGCACCACAACAUAGCCCUUUUGCAGAAGAAAAACACAAUAAUGGGAUGAGAAUAGCCUCUUCCUCGAAGCACCAGGUAAAACACCCAUGCAUGCCCCCUUAACAAAUACCACACAGGCGCAAAGAGAGGCGACCCCCAAAUUAAAAACAAGCCAGACCCUGAUUUAUUUAUUUUUUAAUUGAGAGGGUUAGGAGGGGGGCUCCAGGGGGAGUCUGAAGGUACCACUGUGCACAUUGGGCAGUUCAUGUUUUGAGCAAGGACAUGCCCCCACCCCAUAUUUCUAGUGCAUGCGUAUUAAAUGCAUUCUCUCUGCCCCCUCAACCUCUCAGUGUUAGUAUGAAAUUUUCCAUGAUAUCCUAGUGGUAGGGUAGUCUUUAAAUAGCGCAUGUAAUUGAACAUUUAGGUGUUGUUCUUGUUGGAAGCCCACUAUUAAAAACACUUGGAAGCCAACGUAAAGGGAUGGUGUGACUUCCCUGGUAACUUUUGCAACACACCCAACUGCCGUGGCUGCUCCUGUGCUGUUCUAUACAGGUUCACUGUCUCAUUCUGAAUGUAGCAGCCCCAGCCUGGUAACCCCACCGCAGUCACCGCUUAACCUGGAGACCUCGUCCUUUGCCAGUAGCCAGUUGCAGAACUCACUUUCCACCCUGCCCAGGUGAGCCCAGUGUCUGUAGGGCAACAUCAAAAAGACAAGUAAGUUAUUCUGUAAAUGUCUUAGAUAGGGCUAGUUGAAAUAGUGGUUAAAUGUGUAAAUGGAAAAAAAUAGAAAAGGAAAGGGGGUGGGGGAAAUGUGCUAAGUACAGAAACUGCUGCCUUUUAGACCAGUAGCCUUCAGCCUUUUUUCAAGCUGGGACUUGCCUUUAACCCCAAUCUGCAAAAUUUGACUGAUUGUCCCCCACCCCACCCUACCCCAGUCCCUACUAUCUGUGCUACCUUUCUGCUCCUCUCUUCCAUGUCCCCUGGCUGUCCUUGUGCCCCCAAUAUUUCUGCUUUGCAUUCUGCUUUUGUCUGCUAGGGGAGAGCAGCUGAUCGCAGAAUAAGCAAGAUGCCAAUCACUGCAGCUGCUAGCCAGAACCAGGAUAGAUCUAUAGGCAGCAGGGGUAGCCAUCCUUAAGUUUUCGGAGCAGGAUGUGGAUGAAAAUCUAAGCACCCAUUUAAGUAUUUAGUAGAAAUGUUAUAAGGAAUUAAGUAUAAAUAGAUUAAUAGAGUAUUAAAGGGAAAAAUAAGGUUAGAAUAUGUUAAGAUAAUUAAAGGAUAGAAAGCAGAGGAAGAUGGAAAGGAAUUGCUGAAACAAUUAACAGAAGUGGAAUACAAAAAGGGAGGUGUGAGGAGGUCAUUGAAAUAAGUGAAUGAAAGAUAAGAUAUUGAAACUGUUUGAUGUGUUUUAAAUUGUUUUUGUUUUGUUUUGUUAGUUUAGUGUUAGUGUUAUGUAUUGUUUUUGUAUUGUAUUGUAUUGUAUUGUUUAUUUUUUUGUAGUGUUUAAAUUGUUGGAAAAGUAAUAAAUAUUAUUUUUUUUAAAAAGAAAAUCUAAGCACCCAUUUAAGUAUCUAAAUAUCUGAAACUGUUUAGAUAUAAUGCAGUUGAUCAGCUUUUGAUUUUUCUGGUAUUCUUCUUCCUUCCUCUAACUUGAGCUCCUGGCUAGAACCCAUGAGCAGCCAUUCCACUCCACAAGGCAGUAGAGCUGCAACUCUUGACAGCCAUUCCAUAACUGAUACUGUGAAUGAAAAGGAUGAAGGGAUCACGACACCUCCAUCCAAGCAGACCACCCCAACCACCAAUCCCUGCAAUUCAAUCAGGUAACCUGCUUCCUCAUUUUCCCUCUCUCUUUCUCUCUCUGCGUCUGUAUCUCUGUGUCUGGGGGUGGGCAGCUGCUGUAUAUUCUAGGCUGAUUCAAGGGGAGUAGAGUUGAAAACUGAGUGCCAGAUUUUAAAGCAAGGGCUCCACUUCUACAAGGAGCUUGGUCUUCACGUUGCCCUUCUCUGGGGCCAAGCAAUUCAGCACGAGGGAGUGGGAGUUCCCAAGAGGAACACUGAAUUUGGAUCCAUGGUGGCAGUGCUAUUUUUCUAGAAAAACAGGUGCUGGAACUCACCAUGAAUGCCUCCCUUAUUCUUUUAUAAUGGCAACAGUGCUCACCUGAGAGGUGCAGGUACUGAGUUCUGGCUGGGGGAAAAAGCCCUGCAUGGUGGAAAGGAGUCGAUUCCUUCCUGCCAAAUAAUGCCACAGAGAACUCAAAUUGGGGCAGCUGGGACAUCUUUGGGGCCUCUCUUGCUGAGAGCUGAGAGAUAGCAAGGGAACAGGGGUUAAGGGCUGGCUGGAGCUAAGGGUUUGGAGGAGCAGGACCUGAUGAGGAUCAGCUUGUCAAACAGGCCUUGGGUGUCUUCUCUUCUUCUCUUGCCAUUGAAAGGAAUUCUGUAGACACCAGCAAGAGGACACCUGAACCUAGAACAGUUACCAUUAAGAAGUCCCAAGAGGAACUCGGAAUCCAGAUCUGUGGUGGAAACCUACAUGGUAUAUUUGUGUCCGAUGUAGAAGAUGACAGCCCUGCCAAAGGACCUGAUGGGCUGGUGCUUGGAGACAUGAUACUUGAGGUAAGCAGUAGAUAUAAAAGGAAGGUGGUUGGUGGUUCAAACACUUGCAGAAUCUGUGGAUGCAAAAACACAUCCAUAGUUUCCCCCAUGAAAGGAAAAGCAGCUUGGGUUUUUUGUUUUUAGUGGACAAAACAGGUUAGCAUGGAAAGGGGAAUUCAUCCCUUGUUUUCUUCCUCUUCUCAUGCACCCACAUGCCACCGCCGCUCCAGCUGAUCCUUCAUUCAAGAUUCCAGCAUUCUGCUAGUUCUUUUGGAGAGGAAAAAUAAAAUACCACAUGGAAAAAUAAUCAUACAAUUACAUAUGAUACGUAGUCUGGCCCUCAAAUAUUCUAGUGUUGAUGAGGAAGGUUGAGAUAAGCAGAAAAUCUAUUAGGUCUUGGCUGGAAAAUGUACAAAAUUUAAGGUGGAACGUCAGCUGACACCAGCAAGGAUACUUAAGAUUCAGAGCAGUGAUGCUUGGAUGAAAUAUGGCCUAGACAUUUUCCAAUGAAUGACAGUUCUUAAAGCUUGUGCUGUCCAGCUGUAUUUUUGGACUGGGUUGCCAUUUCCUCAAUUUUCCAUUAGCGAAGAUGGUGUGUUCUUAAUGCAAUGUGAAUGUAUUCCCCCUCUUUUGGUAUAGUCAGAUUCUCUAGUCCCACAUAACAUCAUUUUCAUUGUUUGGUUUGUUGGACACAUGCAUCAGAUUGGAGCUCUCAAGUGUUUUUGUUUCUUCGGCCCCCCCCCCCCCCGCAGUAUGGUUCUGUUGACACGCGGAACAAAACAGCUGAAGAAGCUUAUCUUGAAAUGCUCAAGCCAGAUGAAAACGUUAGAAUAAAAGCUCAGUACAGAAUAGAAGAAUUCAACAAGAAUUCAACAAGUUACCCGGAGAUGGAUUCUGUGUCAGGUAUGUAAAAGUUCAAUUGGUAAACUAGGCGACUAUUCAUCUGCUACAACUGUGGGCUAAUUCACACAGAUAUGAGCAUCUCUUAAACUUUCAAGCACUUGAUGGCUUGCAGAUGAACGUGUAAAUGAGCUGCAUUGAAAGCAUUGUCUAAAUUGUGUUUGAACUGACUAUAGGGAACAGGACAGCACUGUCUCCAGUGACUUAAUCUGCAAUAAAAAAGUUGUCACUUGAUGCUAUAGUCAACAGAAGCAAGCAUGCAUUCAAUUUUUAUGAAUACAACUCAAGAGCACACCUACAAAAUUGGCAUCAAAAGUUCAGUCACAAUAAGGCAAACUGUAUUUAUAGUGAUUCCAUACUUCCUUUUCAACACAUUUAAUAAUCUCCCCUUAAUUACCUGAAGGAUGGAUAUCCUAUGAUUAGGGAAGUGGGCCUUAGGCUCAGCACAGCCCUGUUAAGGAUUCUUGAAUGAUUCCAUAGCCUGUAAAAUUGAAUAUUAUUAAUCUACCUCCCAGAGAUUUGGGAGGUAGACUAAGUAUCAGAGAGAGCACUUCCUUAAAAAAGAGAAAAAGAUAAGUGAGCCAGCAGUUUUCUGGUUCAAAGCUUAUCUCAGUCAUGAACUCCUUGAAUAGCCUUAAGUAAUUUUAGGCACACAAUUAAAUAACGUUUAUUUAAUAAUAUAAACUAUUGAAGAAACUAAGUAAAAUUCCCAGCCUCUGUGAUAUUUUGCUGUACUGCCUUUUAACAGAUGGCUCUAAUGUGAAGCACAGGGGUAAAAUAAUAGAAUCGUAGAAUUGUGGAGUUGGAAGGGACCCUAAGGAUCAUAUAGUCCAGCCCCCUGCAAUGCAGGAAUAUGCAGCUUUCUCAAAUGGGGAUUGAACCUGCAACCUUGAUGUUAUCAGCACCACGCUCUAACCAGCUGAGCCAUCCAGAGCAUGUAUUAUAUGCCCUGAUGCACAAUGAUUCAGUGGUGAAGCAUAGCUCUAAAUCCCUCUUGAUGGGUUGGGUCUGGACUAUGUUAGUUGAACUUGGGUCCUAUUGAGAUAAAAUUAGUCUUGACUUACUCAACUCCCAUUGAAGUCAAUGGGAAUUAAGUUCAUCAAACUUAGUCUGAAUCCAUCCCAUUAACAAUAUAAAUAUACACCCCCAGGUAGAUAAAGGCUGUGGGCAAUCAAGUCCGCAUCAGCCCUGGAACUGGUCGCCUCCUACUUGGGAUUCUUGAAAUGACUGUAGAGGGAGAAGUGGGAGCUUUAAGUUACUACUCUGUUGACCAGGCAUGAGAAGAAGAAGUAUUUAUUUCUCCCAGGCCUUGCCAUUCCACAGGCUUCUUGCUGCCUACCUAUUGCAAGGACUGACAUGCCCUCUCUGUCCUGAACCUGAGGACGCCUCUGGGGCUCAAGUAUGCAUAGUCCCAAGGAGCUCAACUCAGCAAAGUCCCAGCCUCAAAUCAGGAGGUUCCUGGUUCACACCCUGGAGUCUUUGAUAUACAGUGGUACCUUGGUUCUCAAACUUAAUCCGUUCUGUAAGUCAGUUCCAAAACCAAGGCGCACUUUCCCAUAGAAAGUAUUGCAAAAUGGAUUAAUCCAUUCCAGACUUUAAAAAACAACCCCUAAAACAGCAAUUUAGCAUGAAUUUUACUAUCUAAUAAGACCAGGCUUCCUCAACCUCAGCCCUCCAGAUGUUUUUGGCCUACAACUCCAAUGAUCCCUAGCUAGGAGGACCAGGGGUCAGGGAUGAUGGGAAUUGUAGUCUCGAAACAUUUGGAGGGCCGAGGUUGAGGAAGCCUGAACAAGACCAUUAAUCCGUAAAAUGAAAGCAAUAAUCAAUGUUCUGUACUAUAAAAUAAGACAGUAUUGUAGAUGAUAAAAAAUAAUUUAAAAAAUUUCCUUACCUGCACUGAUGAUAGUCAUUGUUUGGAUGGGGGGCUUUUUUCCAUUUCCGCAGUCACACAAUCAAUCAAUCAAUCAUAAAACAAAAAACAAGCAACAAUCACAAAAAUUAAAAAGCCAUAAAAAUGCGAAAAAUAGCAAAAACAAAAGCACCAAAAAUCACCUCAGAACACUGCAAUCAGAAAUGGAAGGCUUUAAUUAUGAUGGGGUGGAUUCAGAUGAGUGGUGCAAGGGCAGAAGAGGGAGGAAAAAAGGCUUAAUUACAUUCGGGGGGGACCCAAAUGAACAGUGCAAGGGUAGAAGCGGGAAGAGUAAAGGCUUAAUUACUAUGCAAGGGACUGAAAUUUGCUAUGCAACAGUAAAAACAGAAGCUCAUGGACCCCGUUUGGGUUCCGGGGCAAAGUUUGAAAACAUAGAAUCAUAGAAUCAUAGAGUUGGAAGAGACCACAAGGGCCAUCGAGUCCAACCCCCUGCCAAGCAGGAAACACCAUCAGAGCACUCCUGACAUAUGGUUGUCAAGCCUCUGCUUAAAGACCUCCAAAGAAGGAGACUCCACCACACUCCUUGGCAGCAAAUUCCACUGUCGAACAGCUCUUACUGUCAGGAAGUUCUUCCUAAUGUUUAGGUGGAAUCUUCUUUCUUGUAGUUUGGAUCCAUUGCUCCGUGUCCGCUUCUCUGGAGCAGCAGAAAACAACCUUUCUCCCUCCUCUAUGUGACAUCCUUUUAUAUAUUUGAACAUGGCUAUCAUAUCACUCCUUAACCUCCUCUUCUCCAGGCUAAACAUGCCCAGCUCCCUUAGCCGUUCCUCAUAAGGCAUCGUUUCCAGGCCUUUGACCAUUUUGGUUGCCCUCCUCUGGACAUGUUCCAGUUUGUCAGUGUCCUUCUUGAACUGUGGUGCCCAGAACUGGACACAGUACUCCAGGUGAGGUCUGACCAGAGCAGAAUACAGUGGCACUAUUACUUCCCUUGAUCUAGAUGCUAUACUCCUAUUGAUGCAGCCCAGAAAUGCAUUGGCUUUUUAGCUGCUGCGUGCACACUGUUGGCUCAUGUCAAGUUUGUGGUCAACCAAGACUCCUAGAUCCUUUUCACAUGUACUGCUCUCAAGCCAGGUGUCACCCAUCUUGUAUUUGUGCCUCUCAUUUUUUUUGCCCAAGUACAAUACUUUACAUUUCUCCCUGUUAAAAUUCAUCUUGUUUGUUUUUGCCCAGUUCUCUAA